AUGUAUAAUUUUAAUUUUGCUCUUUCAGAUCUAAAUAUACAAGAAACAACAAUCAUCAAAGCUGAUGUUGAAGAUCCAUCAUCUAUUAAUGAUAUGUGCAAAAAAGCAAAAGUUAUUUUAAAUUGCGUUGGACCUUACAACUUUUAUGGUGAGAAGGUUGUGGCAGCAUGUGUUGAAAAUGGCACACACCAUGUGGAUCUCAGUGGAGAGAUGAAGUAUUUGGAGACUGUUCAGACAAAUUAUUUUGAUGCUGCUAGAGAAAAGGGUGUCUAUAUUGUAGAAGCAUGUGGAUUUGAUAGUAUUCCUGGUGAUUAUGGCAUUUCAUUGUUGAAGAAAAAAUUCUCUGGUGAUUUGAAUUCUGUGGAGUAUUAUAUUCAGUUUGAGCGAGGGCCAAAGGGACUGAGUACAAAUAUUGGUACAUUUCUAUCUGCUGUUAACUCUGUUCCUGAUCAUUUACAUGGAAAGAAAUUCGAUACCAUGCUUAAAGAAAAAGUUUUUCAUAAGGAAUUAGUCAAAAGCAAGUAUUCAUUGCCUUGGAGAAUGCCCCUUUUCUACAGUGAUUUAGUUAAAGGAUGGUGUUUCUGGUUUGUAGGUCCUGAUGAAAGAAUUAUCAAAAGAAGUCAAAUGUUUCGUUAUGAAUAUCUGAACGAAAGACCGGUAUGCAAAAUAUAUCCCUCCUUUUUUACUGCUGGUCAGUUUUCAACCACUGGACCAACACGAGAACAGCGGGCUGAAAAGCCUGCUUAUGCAUUAACAUCAAAGUGCAUGGUUCAAGCUGGUUUAGUGAUUUUGCAGGAACAAGAUAAACUGCCACUCGAAGGUGGCGUUCUUACUCCUGGUGUGGCUUUUGAAAACACUUCUCUUUGUGAACGACUUGAGAAACGUGGCAUAACGUUUGAGUUUGAAACAGUAAAGUGAUAUGAGCUAUGCAGAAAAAAAUAUUUUAUACAUAGUGGGAAACUGUGUAACUUUAAGUAUUGUAUUGUUAAGAGCUUUCAGAUUUUGUUUAUUUGCAGGUUGAUUUUCUAUUAAAUUUGUAUUUAGUUUGAAAAUAUUUUUUAUGUAAUCUUUUGAUGAAUUUUUGAAUAUUUUACUUCAUAUACUAUACAUUUUGCUACAUGGAAAUGGCUUAACUAAGUUUGAUUGAUAUACAUUUAUUACUUCUUCGUUCUGUCACUUUUUUUUUUUACAUAUCAGGAUUUUGAUUAUGGUUUUUCUAUAUUAUAUAUUGUACUUGCUGUGUAAUUUUGUAUAUAAUAAAAUGCAGAGAUUAAUAUUUUCUCUUUAAAUAAAAAAUUGAACUGUGAUAAAAAUACUAAAUGUAAUGAAUGAAUUAUAUUUGUUAAUGAAUUCUGCGACUUUGCACUAAUGUGAACUGCAUUAAUAAUAUUUUUCUGUGAUAUGUUUCUUGGAUUUAAUAAAAAGUGUAACUAUAAUAAGUUGUAUAAUUUAUCAGUAUACAGUGCCUGUAACAUAUUACAUGUGUAUGUUUAUUUUAAAUACCUGCUUUUAAGAUUCAUUCAUGCUGGAUUUAUAAUACAGUGAUUUAAAACGAA